CAAAUUCUCAACUUUAAUUUGUUCUUCAAAGCUCUCUCUUUUCUAUAUGCUUCAGUUUCCAAACUCACAUGAAUAUAACAAAAUUUGAAUGAACACAUGUAAUUGUGAAGAAGAGAUAUAAAGAUGAGUGUUGUGUAUAGUCAUGCUUUAAAAUACUCCCAAGAAAUGGAUUCAAACAACAUUAAUUCUGGAUUAUUAAGGUACCGUUCUGCUCCAAGCUCAAUCCUCACAAGCCUUAUGGAUAACAUCCACCACGGCGGCGGCGGUGGCGGCAACGAAGAAGCCUUGAGAACUGAAUUGGAAAAGUUGAUCUCAUCCAACAACAAAAGCAAACAUGUUAACAAUUCUUCAGAGCAUUUGAAGAGAGAAGAAGGCAACAACAAUUAUAAUUACUCUUUUGGGUCUCAGAAUCAUGUUAUUUACCAAAACAACCAGCACUACCAUCAAAUUCAUCAAGGGUUGGCAAUGGCAUCAUCAUGUAAUAAUGGUUUUGAUGGAACAUUUUUUGGUGCAACGAACUCAGUGGAUUCAGAGAAUAAUAAUGAUAAUGGCACACAACAUAAAAUGGGUUCCAAUCUCAUUAGGCAAAAGAGUUCUCCAGCUGGUUUUUUCUCCAAUUAUUCAAUUGAUAAUAAUGGUACAACAACAUCAUCAAGAAGUAACAGUGGAUUGCAAUGCACUUUGAACUUCUCAUCAAGAUCAUCUUCUUGCUCCAAAAGCCGCAUGCCACAAAUUGUUGAGAGUGGAAAUGAAGGCAUGGAAUCAAAUUGUGUUGAAAAUAGAAACCUAAUAAUAAGGAGUGAUGAUAGUAAUAAUAAUAAUAAUAAUAAUGGCAGUACUAAGUGUUAUAUGCCAAGAUUCACUGGUGACGUUUGGGAUGCUUCUGAAUUCAAUUCCUCCAAAAGGGGCACUAACAAUGGUGAAAUCAUGUUUUCCACUUCAAAUGCUAUGGAAGCUCAGGAUGUAGAUUUUGGAUAUCAAAAGGUUGGUUUGACCCACCAUUUAAGUCUACCUAGUUCUUCUACCAAGAUUGGUGGCAUGGAAAAGCUUUUUCAAAUUCAAGGAUCUGCUCCAUGUAAGAUUAGAGCCAAGAGAGGAUUUGCCACUCACCCAAGAAGCAUUGCAGAGAGGGAAAGAAGAACAAGAAUAAGUGCAAGAAUCAAGAAACUACAAGACCUUUUCCCAAAAUCGGACAAGCAAACAAGUACUGCAGAUAUGUUGGAUUUGGCAGUUGAUUAUAUCAAAGGCCUUCAAAAACAAGUCAAGAUACUCACAGAUACAAGGGCAAAGUGCAACUGUUCAAGUAAUUAUCAGAAAGAACAAUGAUAUAGAGCCAUUGCUUGAUUUCUUGUCUUUGUAGAUAACAAAAUGAAGAAGGGAAUUGUUUUUACUUUUUGUAUUUUUUUCCCCCUUCACUUAUUAUAUAAGAUAGUGGUGAUAGUGAAGAUCUGAUAUUGUCACUUC